AUGCACAUUCUGUCCGAGCAUGCUGUCUGUGGACGCAUGAACGCGAAGAUCACCGUCGCGCUGGGCGACUCGCUCAUCAUGCGCACUUGGAGCACUUGGAGUGCACCUCUCGUCAUGGCGCUCCUCGCUGUGGCGGUCGGCCCGUUGAUCACGGGCUCUCGCUGCGACGCGCACGCGGCGCUUGUGUCGGCGCUCCGCGGCCUGAAUUUCGACAACACAGCGGUGCGGACGCUCGCCGUCGAUCCGCAGCUGGGUGGGCCCGUGCGGCAGCGGCUGCCGCUCGCGAUUCGGUCGGACCUCGCCGCCUAUCUGUCGGGCAACGAGCAGCUGCCGGGGGCGGAGCCGUUCGCGGCGGCGUACUGCGGGCACCAGUUCGGCCGCUUUGCGGGGCAGCUGGGCGACGGCGCCGUGCUGCGCUCGUCGAUCCGGGAGCUGCUCGCGUCGGAGGCAAUGCACGCGCUGCGGCUGCCGACCACCCGCGCGGCGGCCCUCGAGCCGUCGAGGAACCUUCCUGCAGGCAACAACGGGCAGCUGCGCGAGGAGCGGUGCGCGGUGCUCGCGCGGGCUGGGAUGACGGAGGAGGUGCUCGCGCCUCUCUUCGAGUACGCGCUGCAGCGCCACUACCCCCACCUCUGCAGCCUGCCCAGCCGCACGCAGCGCGUCGCCGCCUUUGUGGCGCGUCGGACAGCGCAGCUGGUCGCCGGGUGGCAGACGGUGGGCUUCGUGCACGGCGUCCUCAACACGGACAACAUGGCAAUCACGGGCGACACCAUCGACUACGGCCCCUUCGGCUUCGUCGACCAGUUCGACCCCGACUACUCGCCAAACGACUCGGACGCGGCGGGCCGCUACUCGUACCGCCAGCAGCCCGCCGGCGAGGCGGACGACGCGCUGCUCGAGUCGCUGCUCGGCGUGAUGCAGCGGACGGGCGCCGACUUCACAAACACGUUUCGCGCGUUGUCUCGCAUCGGCUGGGAGGCGAGCGAGGCGGCGAGCUACCGCGCGCCGCAGGACUUUGACGCGGUGCUCGAGUACUGCUUGGCGCAGUGCGCAUCCACAGAGGCGAUGCUCAAGCGCGCGCGGCCAAUCUUCCACCCGAAGGCGCUCGCCCGCCUCGCCGCGAUCGCGCAGACCGAGCCGGAGCGGCUGGCGCAGUUUGGGCUGGACGCGUCCGUCGUGGCGCGAGAGACGCAGCGCGCCGCCCGCCGGGAGGCGCUCGCCCGCGUGACGCCGCGCGACAAGAGGCUCUCUGACGCGGAGGCGUGGCGCGCGUGGCUGCACGCGCGGGUGCAGCGCCUCCUGGCAAAGCCGUACGACGACCAGGGCCACGCCCUCGUCGAGCGGUACGCCUCGCUGCCGCCCGACUGGUCGCACGAUCUCGUCCUCACCUGAUCGAGUUAGGCCCGCGCCCUUGGCGCGCCCGGCGGGGCGCGAGGGGGCGUGGGUGGGCGGCGGGAGCCGCGCGCUGUACUCGCGCGGAGCGACGGAUGAAGGACACGCCCUUAAGGCCUCGCUGCUGCGAGCCCGGGCGGCGUCCGGAGAAGACCGCUCCGCACGGAACGCGAGUUCAAGCGCGCGCCCGCCCUCUCCAUGAUGGGGGUUGUACGGCUGGCUCACAGAGCGGUGAUGAACUGAUGUCCGGUGCCCCCCAGCGCACAACUACACUGCGCGUGGGUGUUUUUGACGUGCAGUCCGAGUAGAGGUCCUCAUACACACUUGCUUGGGUGGGAGUAAGUACUGUGU